AUGGCUGCCCUAUCCUACGUCCUCAGCAGCGUCGCCCUCCUCGGCGGCGCUGCCCUCGCAGAGGGAAACUACGGUUUCACGGUCGGCGACAACUCGCUCAACUGGACCGAGGUGCGGUCUUUGCCCAACGCCACCGGCUCCAUCACCUUCACGGCGCCCAACGUGUCGGCCCCCUUCCAAGCACCCGACGCCCCGUCCGUGCCCGGCUGGACCAUGUCGAUUGCAGUGCGGACCAACGGGACGUCCGACGCGUUGACGGCCACCUCGAUCUCCCUGGACGCGCCGCCCAGCCUGCAGGCGGCCAACGGCUCGACGCUGGCGGACCCGAGCUGGUACGCGUGCGUGUACUCCCUGGGCCCCACCAGCAAGGGCGGGUUCAGCAACGGGAGCUUCACCCACGCGACGUGCGGCGACGUGCUGAGCACGACGUGUGUGGACGAAUGGGUCAGCAACGCCGCGUCGUGGCAAGGAAGUGUCUACGAGAAUACCACUUUGAGUCGUCACGCAAACUUUAACGGUUCCGACGUGGUCAACUGGGCCACCUCCGAUGUGACGUACAACGACGCCGUGGGUGGUGUCUGGCCCGUCCUGAUCCGCUGGCAGGGCAACGAGUCGACCUUGGUCAACGGCGCCGACUCCAACGCCACGCUGCAGUGCGUCCAGGCAUACGACGUCCAGGCCGGGAGUAAGCUGCCCAGUAUGGCUGCGCGCAGUAGCAGCAGCCGCGUGGUCACUUGGGCAGCAGGGACCGCAUUAGUGGUGGCGUUGUACGUCUUGUGA